AUGCAGUAUCCUAUGUUAUUACCUUAUGGAACAUAUGGGUGGGAUAUUAAUAGUCAUGAUGAGAAUGGAAGACCUAUGUCAUGUUGCGACUAUUAUGCAUAUAUGUUACAGAUGUGCCCAGGUGAUGAAAAUCCUCUACUUCGAGGCAAACGGCUCUUACAACAGUAUGUUGUAGAUAAUUACGGGAAAAUUGAAUCACAAAAACUCAGAUGGCUUCGCAGUAAUCAAGAUAUAAUUAGGAAAGAAUUUUAUCAAGGACUUCAAGACUUUUUUAUUGUUGGGGAAAACAAUGCAGGUAACGUCGGUGAUAGGACAAUUCUGCCAUCAUCAUUUGUUGGAAGUCCACAUGAUAUGUACCAACGGUACCAAGAUGCGAUGGCUUUGGUUCAAAAGUAUGGCAGACUAGAUUUGUUUAUCACUAUGAUGUGUAACCCGAAUUGGGAAGAAAUUAAAAGUGAGCUACUCCCUGGACAAACAUCACAAGAUCGUCCAGAUUUAGAGGUCAGGGUAUUUUGUUCAAAACUUGAGCAACUAAAAGAAGACAUCAUCACCAAAGGGGUAUUGGGAAGAGUUAUUGCUCAUGCUUUCGUCAUUGAAUUUCAUAAAUGGGGCCUACCACAUGUACACAUGCUGCUCAUGUUGGAUGAAAAUGAUAAGCUUAAUAACCCUGAAGAUUAUGACCGCAUUGUUAGAGCAGAAAUACCAGAUAAAGAUGAAAAGCCUCAACUUUAUGAUCUGUUGUUGAAACAUAUGAUUCAUGGUCCAUGUGGAACCUUUAACCAACAGUCUUCAUGA